AUGUUUUUACUUGAUUAUUUCAUUCUUAAAUUCCAAUACUGAGGCGCCACAAGGGCUGGACCGAAAAGAGGAAACCAUCUGAGAAAACAAUUAUUUUUCCUGGGGUGUGAGCGGGACCUUAGGCAAUUUACCAUUGUUUUAGCAAGUUAUAUGCAGGAUCGUAACUUAACGACUUCCAGCUGCCUAACUUAAGGUAAGCUGUGCAGUCGCAUUAUCUCCCAAUUGCGGUUAUUUUGUUCAGUCGGCUGAGCUCUAUACACCUGUCCACGGGAUGAUGAUAUGUGAUGCUGCCCGUGAAGCAUCACUGAAGCGAAGCGGACGGUAACACACAAAGUCACAGAGGAAGUGAAGCGCGUAGUGACCGUGACCUUAAGUGGACUCAACUCCAUGCUUUGACUCCAUCAUUUUUUAAACUUGAUCGGGAAAUUUACAGAUACUGUAGGAGGUUGGUGUAGAGGGUGGGGUGAGGUUAGUGAUGGAGAGCUCACUCUCAGCAAGAGAUCGGGUCGGUGUCCAAGACUUUCUGCUCUUGGAGAACCAUAACAGUGAAGCCGCAUUUAUUGAAAACCUGCGCCGGCGGUACAGAGAGAGCCUCAUAUAUACGUAUAUUGGUUCAGUGCUGGUGUCAGUGAAUCCUUACAGAGAACUGGAGAUUUACUCCAAACAAAACAUGGAGCGGCACAGAGGAGUCAACUUCUAUGAGAUCUCACCUCACAUUUUUGCCCUGGCUGAUAAUACGUACCGUGCACUGCGCACCGAGAGAAGAGAUCAGUGUAUUUUGAUUUCAGGAGAGAGUGGAGCUGGAAAGACUGAGGCGUCCAAAAAGAUACUUCAGUACUACACACACAUCUGUCCUACCCGUGAAAACACAAACACUAUUAGAGAGAGACUGUUACAAUCCAACCCUGUUUUAGAGGCUUUUGGGAAUGCUAAAACUCUUCGCAAUGACAAUUCAAGUCGAUUUGGAAAAUACAUGGACAUUCAGUUUGACUAUAAGGGGGCUCCAAUCGGAGGUCACAUUCUCAACUACCUUUUAGAGAAAUCCCGUGUCGCCCAUCAGAGCCCAGGGGAGAGAAACUUUCACAUCUUCUAUCAGCUGCUGGAGGGUGGAGAGGACCUUUUUUUGAGAAGACUCGGUUUGGAGAAAACCAACCCCCAACAUUAUCAUUACCUAGUUAAGGGUAACUGUCCACGGGUGACCUCUAUCAGUGAUAAGAACGGCUGGAAAGUUGUGAGCAAUGCACUCACUGUCAUUGGCUUUAAUGAUGAGGAGAUACAGGAACUGAUGGAGAUAGUGGCCAGUGUGUUACACCUGGGUAACACACAGUUUGGUGAGGAUGAAGAGGGCGAGACACAUGUCACCACUGAACCUCAACUCAGAUAUCUGUCCCAGCUGUUGGGUGUGGAUGGGUCAGUUCUGACAGAAGCUCUUACACAUAGGAAAAUGGUUGCCAAAGGGGAGGAGAUGAUCAGUCCCUUGAGUUUAGAGCAGGCUAUCUCUGCUCGUGACUCUCUGGCCAAAGCCAUAUAUGGUCGUGCCUUUACCUGGCUUGUCCAGAAGUUGAAUCAAUCAUUGGCCUUUAAGGAUGAGGUCUACUACACCAGCAGAUGUUCUUCUGUUAUUGGAUUGCUAGACAUAUAUGGAUUUGAGGUCUUUCAACACAACAGUUUUGAGCAGUUCUGUAUUAAUUACUGCAACGAGAAGCUUCAGCAGUUGUUUAUUGAACUCACACUGAAGAGCGAACAGGAAGAAUAUGAAGCUGAAGGGAUCGUGUGGGAGAGAGUGGAAUAUUUCAACAACAAAAUCAUCUGUGACCUUGUGGAGGAGAAACAUAAAGGCAUCAUUGCCAUUCUGGACGAGGAGUGCUUAAGACGAGGAGACGCCAGUGACAUCACUUUUCUGGAGAAACUAGAGGACACACUGGGAGGUCAUGCCCAUUUUGUCACUCAUAAAAUAGCUAAUGGAAAGGUUCGCAAGGCAAUUGGUCGGGAGGAAUUUAGGCUGGCUCACUAUGCUGGAGAGGUCAACUACAAUGUCCAUGGUUUUCUGGACAAAAAUAAUGACCUGCUUUACAGACACCUAAAAGAGGUGAUGUGUCAAUCAAAGAAACAAAUUGUGAGUCAGUGUUUCCAUGCAGAAGAGUUGAUGGACCAGAGAAGACCAGAGACGGCUGCCACACAGUUUAAGCUCAGUUUGGCCAAACUGAUGGAGAUUCUGAUGUCUAAGGAACCAUCAUACGUUCGUUGUAUAAAACCCAAUGAUGCUAAACAGCCAGGUAGGUUUGAUGAGGUUUUGGUCAGGCAUCAGGUGAAGUAUUUGGGUUUGAUGGAGAAUCUGAGAGUGAGGAGAGCUGGAUUUGCAUACAGACGAAACUUCGAGGCAUUCUUAGACAGGUAUAAGCCUCUGUGUCCGGAUACUUGGCCAAACUGGAAUGGGAAACUGUCCGAAGGCGUUGCCACUCUGGUCAAACACCUCAACUACAAACCUGAGGAAUACAAACUGGGCAGGUCCAAGAUCUUUAUCCGCUUCCCGAGGACUCUGUUUGUGACUGAGGAUGCACUUGAGGCCAAGAAGCCAACCAUUGCCAUUACUCUGCAGACGUCUUGGCGGGGCUACAGAGAGCGAGCCAAGUAUCAUUGUAUUCGACAUGCAGUAAUUGUUAUCCAGGCAUGGUGGAGAGGGGUCAAAGGUCGCAGGAAAGCCAAGCAUCGUAGACAAGCAGCAGACACCAUACGCAAGUUAAUAAAAGGCUUUAUCUUGCGCAAUGAGCCUCGUUGCCCAGACAACGAGUACUUUCUGGACCAUGUACGAUACUCCUACUUGAUGACAGUGAGACGGAAUCUGCCAAAAAGUGUGCUUGACAAGAGCUGGCCAAAACCUCCACCUUCACUCAUUGAGGCAUCUGAGCAUCUUCACAGAAUGUGCAUACACAACCUAGUCAAUGACUACUGCAGAAAAAUCCAGCCUGAGUGGAUGAAGCAGUUGGAACAGAAGGUUGUUGCCAGUGCAAUCUUUAGGGGCCAGAAGGAUUGCUACCCUCAAAGCAUUCCCAAACUUUUCGUUUCCACAAGGCUAGAGCCUGAGGAAAUCAAUCUCAAAGUACGGCAGACUCUUGGGAAUGAAAACAAAGUGAAGUAUGGUAUCGCUGUCAUCAAAUACGAUCGGCAUGGUUUUCAUGCCCGUGCUCGUCAGCUACUGCUGACCACUUCUGCUGCUGUGCUGGUGCAGGAAGCAAAAAUCAAACAACGCAUCGACUACAGCACAUUGCUGGGCAUCUCUGUUAGUUCCCUCAGCGAUGGAUUCUUUGUUUUGCACGUUCCCACAGCUGACAGUAAGCAUAAGGGUGACCUGGUGCUGCAAUGUGAUCAUGUGAUUGAGGCCGUCACCAAACUGGCUAUCAUGGCAGACAAGAUGCACCAUGUUAACAUCAGUCAGGACAGUAUCAGGUUUGCUAUAGCGAGGGGAAAGGAGGGAGUGAUACAUUUCACCCUUGGUCAGGCGCUGCGUGUGGUAAAGAUCAGGAAGGGGCACCUGUCUGUGACUGCGCCUCAGAUGUCAUAAUCAGCCAAUGAGAUCAGCAGGAGGGCUCAUUGUCAUUUCAGUCAUUAGCCAAUCACUAAUAAAAAGCCAGACUAUGCUUUUUAUGCUAAAUGUCAAUCCAAAGCCACACAUCAGAAAAUGUUUAUUAAGCAAUUUUGUUUGAUCACUUAUUGGAAUACUGAGGUUGCAUUUACAAUAUAUAAUGAUGAUUUUGUAAAUGAAUUGAAGAGUCAUAUUUUCUUUUUACUAAAUAAUCAAAUGAGAUAUGUGAUGCAUAUGUUUAUUGUUAUUAUCAAUCUUUACUGCAAAUAUACUUUAUUGUUUUAAAUAUUAUUAGCUAGUCAUCUAAAACUACAAAAUAUACGGUAGAUGCUCACCAGAUAACAUCACAAUUUGUCAGUGCAAAAUGAUCCUAAUUUUUUGUUUUGAAAAAAAAAACUUUUUGACAAUAAUAAUUUGUAUUGAUUCCAAAGGCCCCUGAGCAAUAUGAAGGCCUGUUACAUUUGAUUUAUUUUCAGUUUAGUCGUCAAAGAACUUGUUUCAGCUGGUGUUUGGAAACAGAUCAGUUACAACAUGCAUGUGAUCAGACUUUGUUGAAAUGGAAACACUUUGUGAUACAAAUGAGCACACACUCUGUAAGUGCUUCUUUUAAUAAUUUUAUUAAAUACAUAAAAAGUUGUACAAAAAAA